GGGCCCGCCCGCCAUGGCGGAGGUCGGCCGGCAGCACCUGUUGCUGCCUUCGCGGCUGUUGGAGCUGUGCGCGCUGCUGGGCGCCCCCCCAGACUGCCUCCGCUGCCUGGAGCAGAUCCUCAUUGCUGGCUGCUGUGGAGACUAGACAUGCGGUGUGGAGGGAUCCACAGUAAACCCAUUACAGAGCGGUGGACGGUGCUCAGAGAGCCUCCCUGGCAAGGUCCCCACAGGGUGCAUGUGCGAAGGUGGCCCAGAGAAAGGGGGGCCAGCAGCCUCCUUCUCUUGUUCCGGAGGUCCUGUCUGUCUUCGUGCCACCGUUCGUCAGCAGAGAGGACAGUCAGAUGGCUGCCAGCCAUGCCACCCUGGGUAAAACCAGAAGGCGCUCCUUCAGGAAGAAGAGAGAGAAGCCCAAGUCGGAGCAGUGGGAGGGGCCCCCUGGGGACCCCAAAGUGCUGGAUUCCGAGGAUGUCAACGUCCCGGGCGGCGUGGACCUCCUGGCCCUGCCCCAGCUGUGCUUCCCAGGGGGCAUGUGCGUGUCCUCGGAGCCCAAGGAAGACCGUGUGCACUUCCUGGUGCUGACCGAUGUCUGUGGGGACAGGACCUAUGGCGUGGUGGCCCAGUACUACCGACCCUUGCACGAUGAGCACUGCUUCUACAACGGCAGAGCACACUGGGAGCCGUCCUGGCCGGCCGCCGGCGCCGGCUGCUUCGUGCCCUUCGCGGUGUGUGUGGUCUCCAGGUUCCCCUACUACAACGCCCUCAAGGACUGCCUGUCCUGCUUAUUGACUCACCUCAAAACCUGUAAAGAUUUUGAAGUUGACAAUCAUAUAAAAGAUUUCGCUGCAAAACUGUCUUUAAUACCUAGUCCACCGCCUGGACCACUCCAUUUGGUGUUUAACAUGAAGCCGCUGCAGGUCGUGUUCCCCCCACGAGCCGAUCCUGACAGCCCCCUUGUAGACCUGGACCUUCACCUGCCCUUACUGUGCUUCAGGCCUGAGAAGGUGCUGCAGAUCCUGGCGUGCCUCUUGACGGAACAGCGGAUCGUGCUCUUCUCCUCGGACUGGGCCCUGCUGACACUGGUGGCCGAGUGCCUCCUGGUCUACCUGCAGCCCCUGCAGUGGCAGCACACCUUCGUGCCCAUUCUGUCGGGCCAGAUGCUGGACUUCCUCAUGGCGCCCACGUCUUUUCUCAUGGGCUGCCACCUGGACCACUUCGAGGAGGUCAGCAAGGAGGCCGACGGCCUGGUCCUGGUAAACAUCGACCACGGCAGUGUCACCUGUUCCAAGUCCCUGGAUGGCGACGUGGACAUUCCUGACGUCCCUCUCCUGGCGGCACAGACGUUUAUUCAGAGGGUCCAGGGCCUGCGCCUGCACCAUGAGCUGCACCUCGCUCACCUGAGCUCCAGCACAGACCUGCAGGAGGGCCGUGCCCGCAGACGCUCCUGGCAGCGGGACCUCAACGGCCAGGUCCAGCAGAUUGUCCUGCAGCUGCUCGUCAGCAUCUUCAGGGAAGUGAAGAAUCAUUUAAAUUAUGAACACAGAGUAUUUAAUAGUGAAGAAUUUCUCAAGUCAAGAGCUCCAGGAGACCAGCAGUUUUAUAAACAGAUCCUGGACACCUACAUGUUCCACUCCUUCCUGAAAGCGCGGCUCUCCAGGAGGAUGGACGCCUUCGCUCAGAUGGACCUCCGCACCCAGUCUGAAGAGGACAGGCUCAAUGGGAUGAACAUAAGUCCACGGAGACCGACGGUGGAGAAGGUGACCUCGCGGAAGCCGUGGCCCCUGCACGCCGUGCACCGGCGCAUGGUGGUCAGCAUGCCCAACCUGCAGGACAUCGCCAUCCCUGAGCUGCUGCCCCGGAACGCGUCGCUGCGGAUGCCGGGCUCCAUGGAGCACACAGGCAGCGCAGCGCCAGCACCGGUCAUGACCCCGCGGCCCAUGUACACGUUCAGGGUUCCGGAAGUGCACUUCCCACUGCUGAGCCAGUGUGUCCAGGCUUACUACGCCGACUUGGCUGCACUGCUCAGCAAGGCCAUGGGCUGCCUGGGCCCAGAGAACUCCCUGCUCCUGGCCAGGUAUUUCUACCUGCGCGGGCUGGCCCACCUGAUGCAGGGGCAGCUGCUGAGCGCGCUCUCGGACUUCCAGAACCUCUAUAAGACAGACCUGCGCAUUUUCCCUGCCGAUCUGGUCAAGAGGACGGUGGAGUCCAUGUCGGCCUCUGAGCGUGCACAGGCUGAGCGGACGCCGGAGCUCAAGAGGCUCCUUGGCGAGGUCCUGGACAAGCCGGGCGAAGCCCCGAGGGUGGACGACCACGUGAAGCACUUCGAGCUGCCCAGGAAGCACAUGCAGCUGGAGGACUUCGUGAAAAGGGUGCAGGAGUCGGGCAUCGUGAAGGACGCCCACAUCAUCCAGCGGCUGUUCGAGGCCCUGACUGUAGGACAGCAGAAACAGAUCGACCCAGAAACAUUCAAGGAGUUCUACAACUGCUGGAAGGAGACGGAAGCCGAGGCCCAGGAGGUCAGCCUGCCUUCGCUGGCGGUGGAGCACCUGGAUAGGAACGAGUACGUGUACAAGCUGUCGAGCUCCGUCAAGACCAACCGGGGCGUGGGCAAGAUCGCCAUGACUCAGAAGCGCCUCUUCCUCCUCACGGAAGGGAGACCAGGCUACGUGGAGAUCUCCACCUUCAGAAACAUAGAGGAAGUCAGAAGCGUGACCACCGCCACCUUCCUGCUUCUGAGGAUACCCACCCUGAAAAUCAGAACGGGGUCCAAGAAAGACGUCUUCGAGGCCAACCUCAAAGCGGAGUGCGACCUCUGGCACCUCAUGGUGAAGGAGAUGUGUGCUGGGAAGAAGCUGGCCGACGAGCACAAGGACCCUCAGUACAUCCAGCAAGCCCUGACCAACGUUCUGUUGAUGGACGCUGUCGUCAGCACCCUGCAGUCGCCAGGCGCCAUCUUCGCCGCCUCCAAGUUAUCCUACUUUGACAAACUGAAGAGCGAGAUGCCCAUGGCGGUUCCCAAGACGACCUCGGAGACACUGAAGCACAAAAUCAACCCUUCGGCCGGAGAGGCCUUCCCCCUGGCCGUGGACGUGCUGCUGUACACCCCAGGGCAUCUCGACCCAGCAGAAAAAACUGAAGAUGCUCACCCCAAAUUGUGGUGUGCGCUGAGCGAGGGCAAAGUGGUCGUGUUUGAUGCCUCCUCGUGGACCACCCACCAGCACUGCAUUAGGGUGGGCACCUCCAGGCUGAACUGCAUGGUGUUGGCGGAGCAGAGCCAGGUGUGGGUCGGCUCGGAGGACUCCGUCAUCUACAUCAUCAACGCCCACAGCAUGUCCUGUAACAAGCAGCUCACGGACCACCGUGCCGCGGUCACGGGCCUGACCAUGCAGGCCGGAGAGAAGGCGGCCAGUGAGGUCUACUCGUGCAGCGUGGACGGGACGGUGCUGGUCUGGAACGUGAGCACGCUGCGGGUGACCGGCCGCUUCCAGCUGCCGCGCGGCGGCCUGACGUCCAUCCGACUGCACAGCGGCCGCCUGUGGUGCUGCACUCGUAGCAGCAUCCUGGUCAUGACCACCAGCGGCUCCCUGCGGCAGGAGUUGAGGAUCGAGGAGAGUUUUGGCAGGACGAGCGCCUCCUUCCUCGGUUUCCAGCUCCUCCCCGAGCACGAGCAGCUCUGGGUGGCGUGUGCAGGCUACAACGAGGUUUACAUCUGGAGCCUUCAGGACCUGGCCCAGCCCCCGCAGCGGCUCCCCCUGCAGGACUGCUCCGAGAUCAGCUGCAUGCUCCGGGUGAAGAGACAGCAGGUCUGGGUGGGCGGCCGAGGGCUGUCGCAGGGCAGGCCCAGAGGGAAGAUCUACGUGAUUGACGCUGAGAGGAGGACGGUGGACAAGGAGCUGGUGGCACAUGCGGACGCCGUGAGGACGCUGUGCUCGGCUGAGGACCGCUACGUGCUGAGCGGGUCGGGCGGCGAGGAGGGCAAGGUGGCCAUCUGGAAAGUCGAGUGAGCCAGUCGCUGCCAGCCCUUCGGGGCGCUCCCGCGCUCCCCAGUCUUUCUGGAAGAAGCUCCGGGAAGGGGCCAGGUGAGGAGUCCGUCUGGAGCGCAUGCACCAUGGGCCAGGAGACCAGCACUGUGCCCGCACUCGGACCUCCCGGCUCCUGGGUGGAACUGUCCCCGUGUGUCCUCGGGCCGUGGCCACUUCUCGUGUGACAACCUCUGCUCAGCAGGUCCCUGUGGGCCUUGAACAUUCCAGAGCCCACGGCCAGGGCCAGCGACAGAGCCAGCGGGUCGCCAUGUCCUCGUGUUGCCUACAGCCUCAUACCUGGGGUUGCCAUUCCUUUACUUUAGACAGGCUGAGAGGCCUACUGGCUACCAGGGUGAUGCGGGGUCCCCACCUUCCACUCACCUCAUGUCCAGCAAGGCUGAGAUGGCCCCUCUGUGGGCGAGCGCGUUCUCAUCGCCUGGGCUGUCCCCGUCAGAGCAGGCAGCUGAGGAGGGCAUGCCCCAGCGCAGGGCCGGCAGCCUGGUUGGGGCGCUGUCUUGGCGUUUUCCCUCGGGCGGAGGCUGCCGGGUGAUGCUGCGUGUUCUCCAGGCAGGGGUCUCCAGGUCGGAGCUAAGUCCGCCUACACGGCGUGAGCAUAUGCACACAGGGCGGCCUGGCCUCCUGCUUAGCUGGAGAAGAGCUGAGCUGUGCAGAACUAGAUUAUCUGCAAAGCCGGGCCGUGGCCGUUUCACUCUAACACUUGCUCUCAGGUCUCCACUCCUCCACUCUUUAUACUUUAUUUAUUUUUAAUUUGACCAGAGAGGGAGAAAGAAAGAAAAAGAGAAGGCGAGAAAGCAAGCCGCCAGGCCCGGGACUUGAACCGCCCUUAACCACCACGCCACCUGCUGGCUCCAGGCAAAGAUUUCUUAAACAAGACCCUAAAGCAUGGGCAACUCCAGAAAUGGACGCGUGCCCUGACGCCAGACUAGACAGCUUCCGCACAGCAAGGGGGAUGAUGCGGACAGCCCACAUGGCGUCAGCCGGUGGCACGGUGGUUAAGGCGCGCCAUCCCACAUGGUCUACUCCACGGUUUGAAUCCUGGACCCGACAGCUUGAAAAACACGCUGUGUGCACGUGCCCCAAAUCCUGAGAGAAUGGAGAAGGGAUUGUGGUGUGGCCACCCCCCUGCGGGGUGAUUUCUCACUUUCUCUCUCUCUUCCUGGUGAGCACCAUAUGGAAAAAAAAUCUUUAGAAAAAGAAAAAAAAAUCUUGGCCAGAGAAAAGGCUUUAUAUACAGAUAAAGAUCAACUAUGGGACGCCUACAGCAAAGUCCAGUUAAAGGUGAAAGGUUGAGCACUUUCUCCUGAGAUCAGGAACAAAGCAAGGCUGUUCACUUUCACACAUCCCUUUUUAAAAACAUGACCUCACUGAGUGACCCUCUGUCUGGACGUCCCGGCUGGAGCAGUCCCACCGCCAAGCUGGCUCUCCAGCAGGGUCUCGCUGUUUGCUGUCCAGCCUUCGGCUGUGGUCCUCCGACCCCCCUUCCAGAGCAGUUUGGAUCACAGAUGCACAGCUCACAGCCUUCAGCGUGGGCCAGGGAUCAGUCCGGGCUCCCCUGCAGGCCCAGCCCGUGGGGUGUGAGGCAUGGCAUCUCGGCGCACGCCCCGCGGCCGGGCCUGCCCUCUCCUUAGCACUGUGCACGGGGUUCUGGCCAGGGCGAGGGGUGAGAGACAGGAAGGCAUAAAGAUUUAACGGGGAGAGAGACAUCUUUGUUCACAGACAGAAUUGGCUGUCCACACAGAUCUUAAUUUAGAAAACUGAAGUAAAAUCUGGGGCCAGAUGGUGUGCAGAGCAAAACGUGGUGCUCCACGAGGCAGCCUGGGAAGUUCUCGUGUCAGGGCUGGGGACCUGCCUAUGCUGGCGUGUGCUGGCCCGUGACCCAGGGGAGGGGAUGGCAGCUUUGGGCAAAAGGUGCUCUCUCUGUCUUGACCGUGGAAGAAAUAAAUUUCAAAAAGGAAAAUGUAGCAAGGC